AUUCCAGACAGCGAAUAAAGUGAUGGAUGUCGCCCUGGGCCAGUUCGAAGCACACCGGAAUACCUGACGACCGGAAAUUCUCCACAAUGUCUUGGCGCAAAUCAGCAGCUCAGCAACCCUGGCGUCUCCUUUUUUUGUAUUUUGAGUACCAACUUCAAGUUGAUAAACCUCCGUGGUUCAUCCAGCCCGUGGUAUAUAAAGCAGGUCCUCGAUGGCAGGAUAGCCAACAUCCUUUGCCUCUCUUUACAUCUCGCUCAAAUGUUUGGACACGCUUUCUACCAGUUCAUCUUCACCGCCGCUGUGCUCGCGCUCGUGUCUGCCGUACCAACAGAGGACCUUGAAGCGCGCGCGAGCUGCACUGUUGACUCUGUCUCCGCUGCCUCUUCGAUAUCAAGCUGCUCCUCAGUCACUAUCAAGGCGUUCACCGUACCAAGUGGAAGCACCCUGACGCUCUCACCCAAGUCUAGCGCGACUGUUACCAUGGCUGGUGAUAUUACAUUCGCAAAGACGACCAGCUCAGGCCCGUUGUUCACUAUUGAUGGCGACAGCAUAACGUUCAAGGGUGCGGGAUACAAGUUCAACGGAAACGGCGCCUCAUACUGGGACGGCGAAGGCACGAAUGGUGGUGUCGAUAAGCCUCAUCCCCUCUUGAAGUUCAAGGGCUCCGGGACCUACUCUCAAUUUACGGUCUUGAACAGCCCCGCGCAAGCCAUCUCUAUCGGUAACAGCGACGGACUCACCUUCGACAGCAUCACUGUCGAUAACAGCGCUGGAGACACAAACAGUCUGGGUCAUAAUACCGACGGCUUCGACGUUUCCGCUGACGAUGUCACAAUCAAAAACUCGAUCGUCAAGAACCAAGAUGACUGUAUUGCUAUCAACUCCGGCUCCAACAUCGUUUUCCAAAACAACCAGUGCUCUGGCGGUCAUGGCAUUUCUGUUGGUUCCAUAUCCGCUGGAAAGACGGUUACUGACGUGACUAUCUCUGGAAACACUGUUACGAACUCUAUGUAUGGGCUUAGAAUCAAAGUCAAAGCGGAUGCUACAAGUGCCAAAGUAUCGGGCAUCACGUACUCUGGCAACACCAUCAGCGGUAUUACCAAGUACGGCGUCUUGAUCUCUCAGUCGUACCCCGAUGAUGCUGGCACUCCCGGAACUGGCGGUCCCAUUUCGGGUGUGAGCUUCACCGGCACAGCUACUACAGUCAAGGUCGGAGACAACGCGAAGCGAUUGACUAUCGACUGUGGUAACUGCUCUGGGACAUGGGACUUCUCCAAGUUGACGGUCACUGGUGGCUCCGCUGGGACUGUCUCCAGUGAUGACGCUACUAUUUCUGGUGGAUCGUAUUAGGGCCCAGUUGCGUCCAGGCAGAGCGCGAGGAGAUACAAUAUUUUCAUAUUCAUUGCAUACGCAUGGCCUUCUCCAUUUCUAUCGAACUGAAUUGAUAUACUUCUGGAGAUAGUCCGACCAUCCCCAAACCUCUAUGUUCAUUGCCAGACUCCUAACUAGCAAUUGUU